AUGACCAUGACGUGGAACUGCUUCAUCGGGCUGCUAGCAAGGCUGGCAAUAGCCCUCUCAGCCGACUCCAGCCCCGGCGCCUCUUGCGACGACUUGGCAGACGGUGCCUUGGUGCAGCUGUCUCAUCGCGGUGCGAGACUCAACCGGUCUGAGUCGGUCGAGGAGCAAUUUGGGACCGACAAGGUGAUCAGCACUCUCGCGAACGCGAAGCUCUGUCGGCUUAUCCGGAAUCCUACGGGCAAAGGUCCCAUCUGCACCGAACUCGACUGCUCUGAUCCGGUGUUUGCCAUGUGUUGUCCUCGUCAGUGCGGGGUGCAUCCGCCAAGCAGCUGCACUGGCUUCAACCCAGCUUGCCAGGUCCGCAAGGCAGCUUGCGAGAUGGUCCUCUUCUUGGCCGAUGACGCGAACCCCUUGCUGCAACCGCAGCUCUACGUUGCUCCGGGCACUUAUUAUCCUGCAGACCCAGGUGAUGUCACAACUGCAGACAUGGGAGGCUACGAUCAGAAUCUUUGGCAGGUGCUGCAGAAUCUGACGAGCAUUUGCCUGGGUGAUGGCUUCCUUUGGCUUCGCAACCAGAGCAGCUUCAUCAAGAGCAGGGCGAACUUCAGCGGCUACGAUGAGCAGACGGAGAAUCUGACCAACACGUGCCCCACAAAUCCAGAGUCGCAAGCCGACGAUGAGGAAGGAAAGGACAGCAUGCAGGCAGGGGUGCGCACGGUGAUCAAAACCGCCGUGGGAAUUGACACAUACGUCGUCGACAUGGCUUUGGGUGGUGGAGUGGCUGGGGUGAUUGCAGGUAAUAUCUUUUCUUCAGCGAUGGGGUUGGCACAAGGACAGACCAAUGGAGCACCAACAAAUCCCUGCACCUAUGCAAAAAAGAACAAGUGGGGCGAGUGUGUCUGGGGGCAGGUCCAGCAGUAUGUCGAGAGGUACGUCACCUCGUACGUGCAGAAAGCCUUGCAGAAGUACAACAAAGGGCAACUCAGGAUGAAAAUGAGCGCUCUCAACUUCCAAUUGGCCCAAAUCAAGAAGGCAUAUCUGGACAAUUCUGGGGACCCAAAGGCACUGAGCAAUGUUGUGAAUACGAUGGGCAACUUGUUCGUGACGGUUACGAAGGAGGUGGCAUUCUUCGUAGACAGCCAGCUGCUCACCCCAUUCUUGAGCAUCAGCCUGAACGUGCAGGGACUGGUCCUGUCCUCGAAGAGACUGCGGAGCCCAUUCCACUUCAAGGCCCUCGCAGGCUCUGCUGUCUGCUAUGCGAAGGUUGUCCUGAAGCGUGCCACCUACUUAAUGCAAAGUCGGAUGGCGGAGCUCAAGGGCAUCCAAGUCAAUCGCACCUCAUUGAGGGGCGAUGGGCACCACUGGCGAUACUACUAUUCAGGGCCGUACGAUGCAGAGUGCCAGACCACCGAGAACGAUGCGCUCAAAGACAGCCCGUACAUCUGCGACCCAGAGUAUGGCGAAUCGCACACCCCUCACCACUCUCUGCCCCAGAACCGCCAAGGGAAGGGCGACUGCGGCAACUCGGAGGGUUCCAAGGGCAACAUCGCAUGGAAGAAUUGGAUGUUCCAUCAGGCCUUCGUGCGAAGGAUGCAGCAGCAGACCUGGGGGAAGUUCCUCGAGCCCGUCGUAAGCUGGCUCGAGAUCGCUCAGAACUUGGAGGCGAACGCAUCCACCCUGAAUUUCACAGCGCGCGACUGGGUCUGCAAAAAAGGCGUCGUGCCGCCCCCCGUCGCCGACGUGGCCAACCUGAGCAACCCCUCGGCGGGUGUCGAUCCGACUCCUCUGGUCCAAAUGUUUGCCAGCUGCCCAUUCGAGAUCGAGCGGCGGCGACGGUCCUGGCACAUGUGCUCUUUACAUUGA